AUGCGUACUAGCCAGCAGCUAUGGCUCUCUUCUGCGCUCGCGCGCCGGGUCUCGUGUUCCUGAGUGCCCUUGGCGCUUGCGCACUGCGUGACUGUCACUGCCCUCCUGGGCGCCGGGCUGGAGCCCGUAAGUAGUAGUUGCGGCUUCUCUCCCGUCUCUGGCCCUGGGCCAAAGCCCUAACCGUACUGUUAAGUUAUGAAGGCAUUUUGAGGUCCUAAUCAGCAAUGGAAGAAACGGAUAGAGAAGCAGUUGCAACAGCUGUUCAAAGAGUAGCUGGAAUGCUUCAGCGUCCUGAUCAGUUAGAUAAAGUGGAGCAGUAUCGCAGGAGGGAAGCUCGUAAGAAGGCUUCAGUAGAAGCUCGACUCAAGGCAGCAAUCCAGUCACAGUUAGAUGGAGUACGAACAGGUUUAAGUCAACUACACAAUGCACUGAAUGAUGUAAAGGACAUUCAGCAGUCUUUGAUUGAUGUCAAUAAAGACUGGAGACAGAGCAUCAACACCAUAGAAAACCUCAAGGACGUUAAGGAUGCUGUGGUGCAACAUAGCCAGCUGGCAGCUGCUGUAGAAAAUCUCAAAAACAUCUUUUCAGUUCCAGAGAUAGUCAGGGAGGCACAAGAUUUGAUUGAACAAGGGGAACUUCUGCAAGCUCAUCGAAAACUGAUGGAUUUAGAGUGUUCUCGUGAUAACCUAAUGUAUGAGCAGUAUCGUAUGGACAGCAGGAACACACAUGACAUGAACCUCAUCCAUACGUACUUCGGGGAUAUGCAGAAACUUUCUGAGGAGUUGGCAAAACAACUUUGGAUGGUGGUUCAAAGAUCUCUCGUUACAGUCCGUCGAGAUCCAACUUUACUUGUUUCUGUUGUUAGGAUAAUUGAGAGGGAGGAGAAAAUUGACAGGCGCAUGUUAGAUCGGAAAAAACAAACUGGGUUCAUACCUCCUGGCAGACCAAAGAAGUGGAAAGAAAAGAUGUUCAACAUUUUGGGAAGAACUGUAAGCACUCGAAUUGAAGGCACUCAAGCAGAUACUAGAGAAUCUGACAAAAUGUGGCUUGUGCGCCAUCUAGAAAUCAUACGUAAAUAUGUCCUUGAUGAUCUGUUAGUGGCUAAAACCCUACUGGAUCAGUGUUUUCCCCUGCACUAUGAUAUUUUCAAAAAAUUACUAAGUAUGUACCAUCAGGCUUUGUCCAUCCGCAUGCAAGAGCUGGCUUCAGAAGAUCUGGAAGCAAAUGAGAUUGUUAGCCUUCUGACUUGGGUUUUAAAUACAUACAAAAGUACAGAGAUGAUGGGAAAUUCAGAACUGUCUCCUGAAGUGGAUGUAAAUGGUCUGAAUCUUCUAAUUUCACAAAAUGUGGUAGACCAGCUUCUCAGCAAGUACAUGUCAACACUUACUUCUAACAUUAUUGGCUGGCUACGAAAAGCACUGGAGACGGAUAAAAAAGACUGGGUAAAAGAAACUGAACCAGAAGCAGAUCAGGAUGGGUACUAUCAGACUACACUCCCAGCAAUUGUUUUUCAGAUGUUUGAGCAGAAUCUUCAGGUAGCUGCUCAGAUAAGUGAAGAUUUGAAAACAAAGGUACUCCUUCUAUGUCUUCAACAAAUGAAUUCAUUUCUAACAAGGUACAAAGACGAAGCACAGUUAUAUAAAGAAGAGCAUCUUAAAAAUCGUCAGUAUCCUCAAUGCUAUGUUCAAUACAUGAUUGCAGUCAUCAACAACUGUCAAACCUUUAAAGAAUCUAUAAUCAGUCUGAAAAGAAAAUACUUGAAAAUUGAAAUGGAAGAUGCAUCGUCCAGCAGUCAUACAAACAUGGAUGCAAUUUUAGACAUCAUUGCCAAAGAAGGAUGCUCUAGCCUGCUAGAUGAAGUCUUCAUGGAUUUAGAGCCACAUCUCAAUGAGCUGAUGACAAAGAAGUGGCUGAUGGGAUCUAAUGCUGUGGGAACUAUUUGUGUCACUGUAGAGGAUUAUUUCAAUGACUUUGCAAAAAUAAAAGCACCCUAUAAAAAGACAAUGACUGUUGAGGCCCAUCGGAGAGUGGUUGUAGAAUACAUCAGAGCAAUCAUGCUAAAACGUAUAUCUUUCAAGAAUGCAGAAGAAAGAAAAGAGGGUGCAGAAAGAAUGAUCAAAGAAGCAGAACAGUUUAGAUUUCUGUUUAAGAAACUUGCAGCUGGAUCUGGAGAAGACACUGAAGGACUCUGUGGCAUUAUUGAAGCCAUUGCAGAAGUUAUCAAACUAACUGAUCCUUCACUACUCUAUCUGGAAGUUUCAACUUUAGUCAGUAAAUACCCAGAUAUCAGGGAUGACCAUAUUGCAGCUUUGCUCACAGUGAGAGGAGAUGCCAGCAGAGAUAUGAAGCAGACUAUCAUUGAGACUUUGGACCAAGGUCCAAGCCAACCAAAUCCAAACUACAUGCCAAUUUUUAAAGAAAUUACAGUUCCCACUCUAACUGUGUCAAAACUUCUCAAGUAAUUGACAAUUCUGUGGUUUUGUGUCAUCACUAGUCUGGGAUCAACAAGUUUGAAAUAUUUGAGGGCAAGUUUGGCAAUGCUUUUUCAAGUAAAAUUCAAUACUGAUAUUUGCGAGGUAUGUUUCUAAGGAUUUUUUCAUGUGGGGAGACAUAAUCAGAUUUCUGAAAGAAAAUGGAGUUGAAGAUCAGUCAAAUUAUUGAUUGAAGAAUGAAGGUUCUGAUGGCCAGAGUGCUUUUUAUUGAUCCAUCUUUUAGAGCCAUAUUUGCCAUUAGCAAAUAUAUUUUUCUUAUGGAACAUGUCUGCACUGUACAGUGCAAUGCUGUAUAAAGAUAUUUAUACGGAAAAUAACAGAGCUGAAUUAGUGCUUAAUGCAGAGUAAAUAGACCUGGAAAUACUAACAUACAUUGGUUACAAUACCUAAGCUGACUCUAUUAAGGACUAUCUUUAUAUGGCACUGCACUAGGCAUAUAUUAACAUCCUCAAUUCACUUUCACAUUGUACUUUGUGUAUGUAUUUACUCUGAUGUAAAAUAGUUUCAGAAAACAUAAUUAUAAAAUCAGUUUCCUAAGGGACUGAACAAAAUUGCUAGCAUGCAAUUUGAUUAUAGAGUGAAUAAACAAAUAAUUAAAAAAGAUACUUGAGGUACAAAAAUAAUUUUUCAUUGAUUCACUAAAAACAGCACAUAAAGCACCACCAGUUCAAUAAAAUGUUAAAACCA